UUACACAACGAGGACAGCGCGGUAUCUGACCUUACCGUCCCUCAGCCGAGCCAUGCCCUCCUCGACACCCUCCUUCGUCAUCGAAAACUUCUCAAUCAUCGGCUCGAUGUGGUUGCGCGCGGCAAAGUCGAGCAUACGGCGAUGGACAGAGCGGGCGGCAAUAGCCGAGCCCUGGAUGUUGAUUCCACCCAUGAUGAGGGGAAGACUAGGGAAGGACAAGUCGUCCUGGCUGACCGUCAGCGGGUAGAUCGUGCCCUUGGGCUUCAUCACAGUCAUAUACGGGGCCCACGAGGGGAUGAAGCUGGUCGUCACGAUCAGGUGGUCGAGCGGCCGCACAUUCUCGAACUGCGUCACGCCUUUCGUCGCGUGAAACUCCGACGCGCCCAGCUGCGCAGCCUCCUCCCGCUUCGAGUCGGAGCUCGAGAACACGACGACCUCCGCGCCCAUCUUCGCCGCGAACAUGACGGCCAGAUGGCCCAGCCCGCCGAUCCCGACGACGCCGACGCGCUGCGUGGGCCGGAUGUUGUAGCUCUCGAUGACCUCGAACACAGUCGCGCCGCCACACAUCAGGGGAGCGGCGUGCUCCGGAGCGAGGUUGGCCGGGACGCGGAACAGGAACGUCUCCUCCCAGACGGCGUACGUGCCGAAGGAGCCCUGGUCGAAGCUGUGCGUGCCGUACAUCUCGCGGUCCGUGCAGUACUGGUCCCGGCCUAGAGUCCAGCAAGCGAUUCAGCUCCGGUUCAAGUACAAUCUGGAGCAGACAGACAGACCCUGGAGACACUGCUCGCAUUUGCCGCAGGUCUUGUGCGUGUAGCCCCACCCGACGACGUCACCUACGCACAGCGACGACACGUCCGAUCCGAUUUUCUCGACGACGCCGACACCCUCGUGACCGAGCGCCAUGUCGGCGUGCUUGAAGUGCUCGUCGGUGCCGCAGAUGCCAGAAUGUGUGAUGCGGACCAGGACUUGGAUCCCGGUCGGCUCGGGGCGCGAGGUCGUGGCUUGGACGAUGCCAUCGGCUUUCGAGCCCUUGAAGACGGUGAAUUCGACGCUCAUGUUGAUGUUGGUGGUGAGGGAGAUGGGGGAGACAGUUAUUGCUCAGCUCCAUGCAAACGUUGGUGCGUUUUAUAUUACACCUCAUAGAUAGGCCGAUUGCAAGCGAAUGUUUUGCCGGGGUCGUUGCUGAACGAGCAAUCCAAAAAACGCAGGCGGCGGCCGACUCCCCGGCCAUUAAACCAGCCGGAGUCUCCUUGCAUGAUGUCAGCAGCCAAGAAAGG